AUUGCAGUAAUAAAUAAAUACGAAGUCAUAUUUGUUAAAAAACAAUACACAAGUGAAAACAUCUAGAAGAAAAAACGUAUUCAUAACAAGUGUUAUAAAAAUAUAAAUACUUUAAAGAAAAUCUUAAAAAAUAGAACAAGGAAUUUUAAUCAAAUUUUUUUUCUGACAAAUAUAAGCAAAAUUCUCCGUUUUCUUUUGUAAAUUUACACUCAAUUAAAGAAAAAGCUAUAAAAUUUUUAUCAAAAACUGUAAAUAACAAGUCCGAUAUUAUAUCGUAACAAUGGCAGCAUCUAUGGGAGAUAGAUUUGGUCAAUUUUUAAAUGGAUUAAAUGACAAAUAUGAACCCCAUGUUCGUCAACAUCUGGCUAAAGUUUAUAUGAUGCUAUGUGGCACGGCAGCCAUAACAGCCACUGGUUCCAUGUUACAAAUGAAAAACAUUAUUGAUUUGGGCGUGUUGGCUGCUAUCGGUUCAUUACUAUUGGUUUUGGGUCUACACUUUUAUCGUGAUAAUGGCAAAAAUUACUAUAACCGUGUUGCUAUGCUGUACGCCUUUGGUUUCUGUUCAGGUCAAACUAUGGGACCCUUAUUGCAAUAUGUAGUUAGCGUUAAUCCAUCUAUAAUCGUAACUGCAUUGGUUGGAACUAUGGUAACAUUUGCCUCACUUUCAGUGGCAGCCUUGUUGGCGGAACGUGGUCAAUUCCUAUUUUUGGGUGGUAUUUUGGUUAGUGUUAUCAAUACCAUGACCUUAUUGAGUAUUCUAAAUAUGUUCUUCAAGUCAAUGUUUGUACAAAUGGGUCAACUUUAUAUUGGUGUUUUCGUUAUGGCCGCCUUUGUCCUUUUCGAUACUCAGAAUAUUAUUGAAAAAGUUCGCAUUGGCAAUCGGGAUGUUGUGCAACAUUCAUUGGAUUUAUUCUUUGAUGUAUUGAGCAUGUUUAGACGUUUGCUUAUUAUCCUGACACAAAAGGUAAAUAUUAUAUUAUAAACGACUUCUGAUAUA